ACUGCAGUGACAGGGCCUGCGAGCACACGGCUCAGCCUGGGUAUCAAUAGAACUGCAUCGUUUUACUGGGCCACUGGACCCGUCUCAUAAAAUGAGGCCAAACUUGCUAUUUUCAUUUUUAUUUGGUCUUGGGCUGCUGCGCGUCCGCGCCUCGGAGCGCCGCGGGUUCGCCGUGCAUCCCAUCGCUCUUUACAUGCUUUUAUUUGGAGAAGGAGGAAAAAAACACACAAGCGCCGGCCUCGGCAUAAUUGGCAGACACGUCUCGUCUUUGAAAGCUCCGGUUGGUUGGACGAGCCGUCACAUCCACACGGCUGUGCCUGUCAGGGCGCGCGUGGGCGGGCGCAACGCGGUGACGUGGUGGACUGGAGAGAGGCGCAGUUGGACACGCAGUGCGCAGGCAACAGCUGAAAUGAACACAGAGAGGUGUAGUGUGUGUACGCCUCUGGAUCUAAUAUCAGCUACCUGUCCUUGUCACUCUGAUAGUCUGCCGAGGUAGCUGCCGUCCACCGCCGAAGCUAUGGCCAAUUCCAAUGGCCUGUUUUGAAGCGUUCUUCAGUUCACGUAGAAAGCGGGUUUCAUCUCAAACGCAAGAGGAGCCGCGCAGCUGUGCGUUUUUUUGGAGCGCUGAACACAUUCCGCCCCGGACUUUGCGCGUAACCUUGCUGUACUAAAAGGGACUUGAUCCGCUUCUGACAGCCAGUUGUGCGAUCUUUUACCGAUGAACUAUAUGAGGGAUCCUUUAAACAUAGAGCACCACCACGCAGCAGGGAAUAAACUUGCCUCCACGCAUCACACGCCCGUGGCGAUGGCCUCUAGUUUGCAGCCGCUGCAGCGGUCUGUGGACUCUAAGCAUCGGCUGGAAGUGCACACGGUGUCGGACACGUCCAGCCCGGAGUCUGUCGAAAAAGAGAAGAUUCAAAAUAAAAACGACGACUCCUCAGACGAUCCCUCAAAAAAGAAGCGGCAGCGGCGGCAGAGGACUCACUUCACCAGCCAGCAGCUGCAGGAACUUGAGGCCACGUUCCAGCGGAAUCGUUAUCCGGACAUGAGCACAAGGGAGGAGAUAGCAGUGUGGACCAACCUCACAGAGGCCCGGGUCAGGGUCUGGUUCAAGAACCGUCGAGCCAAGUGGAGGAAACGGGAGAGGAACCAACAAGCCGAACUCUGCAAAAACGGCUUCGGCCCGCAGUUCAACGGACUCAUGCAGCCUUACGACGACAUGUAUCCCAGCUACACGUACAACAACUGGGCCGCGAAGGGCCUCACGUCGGCCUCCCUGUCCACCAAAAGCUUCCCCUUCUUCAACUCCAUGAACGUCAACCCGCUGUCCUCGCAGACCAUGUUCUCGCCGCCCAACUCCAUAUCUUCCAUGACUUCCAGCAUGGUGCCGUCCGCGGUCACCGGCGUGCCGGGCUCCAGCCUCAACAGCCUCAAUAACUUGAACAACCUCAGCAACCCGUCCCUCAACUCCGGGGUGCCCACGCCCGCGUGUCCCUACGCGCCGCCGACGCCUCCGUACGUGUACAGGGACACAUGCAACUCCAGCCUCGCCAGCCUGAGACUCAAAGCCAAGCAGCACUCGAGCUUUGGAUACGCGAGCGUGCAGAAUCCGGCCACUAAUCUGAGCGCAUGCCAAUACGCCGUGGACAGGCCCGUCUAAUGCCGACCUGCACUGCAAAAACACCCACCACAGCGAGCCAUUAGCGGCUGCCAGUGGCGCUCACGGGCUCCUUUCUCUAAAGGAACGGGGGAAGUCUGGCGGUGAGAUCAUUUUACGGUUUUCACGUGUUUCUGGAUUUUUAAUUUCAGCCAGCUGGCAUUUUCUUGAUAGUAGCUGGAUUGUGGUUUAGAUUAUUCUGCGUUUUACUGCCACAUGCUAAGAAUAAACACGCGCGAUUGUCCCACGACGACCUACUCGGUUCCAUUGAUUUUUAGGGAAAUGUGAUUUGAACGAGCGAAUGGCUUGUGGUGGUGGUCACUUUUUGCAGUGUGUGGUUCAUCGCGAGCAGCCGGCCACAGGAACAAGAGACUACUACAACUACUUUUUAUUUUUCUCAUUUUUCAAAAAGGGCACUAAGAAGACUGAACCACUGAAACAAGCUCAACUCCAGCUUGGAGUGAGACUGAAACGGAAGUUUUUAGGUCUAUUCCCCUCUGAGUCCGGGUCCGCUUCACACUGCGACGCAGUCCAAAAAAGGCACGGGCCUGGAUCAUUUAACAGCUCUUCACGGGAUUUUGGACGUUAAUUGUUGACUGAAAAGGUUGUAUAUAUAUAUUUGAAUGAUCAUCUCCUGUUUGUCGAGGCGAAUGUGCUAUAACCCCCCCUCCAGUCCUCCCCAGGUUCAAUUUAUCAACGCAUGUGGAAAAAAAAAACUCAAAGGAAUCAUGUUUUGCUUGCAAACAAAAGGGAAUGUACAUACUAAAACGCACCAGUUGUGUGUUUCUAACAUAUUAUAAAUUUAUUAUUAAUGUCUGUGUGAAUAUCGAUUUAGAAUAGCAAUUCUGGAUUAAAAAAAAAAAGAAUCAUCAAAAAUGUUCCUGCGACAAAUGAUUUGGUUUUUGCUCUGUGUAAACUAUUUGGUACGGAAUUCUGUUUUUUUCCAACAUCCAAAAAACUAUUGUGUUUUAUUUAAUGGAAGUAAAUAUAUUGUUCAAAAACAA